GUGGUGCGGCGGCGGUCGGUGGUUGGCUGGGGGGAGAAUCUUCCCUUGCAAAGUGGUCGCCGCGGCUCGCUGCUGUCAGUGCAUCGCGUGCGCUUCUCUGCGAUCGGAAAUCCUGCGUGUAGACGUUUCGCCGCCGAGGUGCGGGCGAAAAUUCGACGCGUUCGCAAGACAUGAGUGCGCAUGGUUGAAAGGACAACGACCAAGACGCAUAGUAACUUGCUACUCGGCGAUGAAGACGUUGCGGCGUGGUUCCCGGGAGCGGCGCGCGGGGGUUCCUUCGCUUCGACUGCUGCUCGUUCGGCGUCGCGCCGGGAAGCAGCCUCCGCGGCCGUCGCUGUGUUCCGAUGCGAUCGCAUUUCGAGCGCUCGUCGCUUGACGAGUUCACGGAGAGCGUCCCUUGAAAGUGCAACGCGCAGUGUGCAGUUGUAGCACGGUGUGUGCAACGUGCGUUGUGUCCGUCUGUUUGUGUGUGUUUGUUUGUGCGCGCGCGCGCGUGUGUUGACAACGAUUAUUACCUGUGAUGCCGGGUGUCGUGGUGUUCAAGAGGCGCUGGUCCGUCGGCUCGGACGACUUCGUGGUUCCCGGGAUAUUCCUCUUACUGCUACACACAAUAUGGCUGAUAGUGCUGGCGGUGCUGCUGUCGGUCCUGGACUUUGGCGCGCUGGCGUGCGUCUCGGACCUGCAGGAACACAUGCUGGGCUACUGCGUCAUACUCAGCGGCUGCGUCGUGGUCGAGGCCUGCAUCUCCUGGGUCUCCAUGCGCGGAAGCAUCCUGGACGCCGCGCCUCGGGCCUCCAUGCAGUACCUGCUCUACGUGCGCCUCGGAAUACUCUUGGUGGAGGUGUCGUGGCUCGUGGUGGGAGUCAUCUGGGUGAGCAAGCACUACGACAGCUGUCCGAUGGGUGUCGCCAAGGACGCCAUUCUAGGCAUCAUCGUGUGCAACUGGUGCGUCCUGCUGAGCGUCCUGGUGACGGUGUGGUGCACCUUCGACCGCGCCGGCCGCACCUGGGUGAAGAUGAAGCGCUACCAGCGCAGCCUGCAGGACGGCAAGCUGCGCUACAAGAGGUCUGGAAACUCGCAGCGUAACUGGAGGCACCGGAAAGCUGUUCGCGAGUACCAAGACAGUUGGAACAAGCGGUGCCGUCUGCUCUUCUGCUGCAUGGGGACCAAUGAUCGCAAUCGAAAUUCGUUCGCGGAGAUCGCCAAGCUUCUGUCGGACUUCUUCCGCGACCUGGACGUCGUCCCUUCGGACGUGGUGGCCGGAUUGGUGCUGCUGCGGAAGUUCCAGCGACAGGAGCGUCUUAUCAUAGCGAACCAGAAGGGCAACGACACCUACCAGUUUCUCUCCGGGGUCGCCGUCACUCCCGCCACCAGGUUCCUGGACGUCAAUCAUCCGAACGUCUGCGAGGCGGUCAUGGUCAUCACGCACUACAUGCACUACGCGCUGGGCGUCUACGGUUGGCCCAUGUACAUGAUGACACGUGGGAGCACCGGGUGCUGCCACCUCUUUCCGAGCCUCAGGUGUUGCUGCUUCCCGACGCGCAAGAAAAAGCGUGACCGGGCGCUGGUCGUGGAGGACAACUGCUGCUACUGCAACUACGCGGCGCUCAAGCACAUGGUCAACAACCACAACAUGGAGGUCGUCUACGUCACAUACCACGUGGACGUCGGUGAGACGCCAUUCUUCGUAGCCGUGGACCAUGAGAAGCGGACAGUCGUGGUCUCGGUACGGGGGACGUUAUCGCUUCAGGACGUGCUCACGGACCUGAACGCCGAAGGCGAGCCACUUCCCGUCAAUCCACCGCACGAGGACUGGCUGGGUCACAAGGGCAUGGUUCAGGCCGCCGAGUACAUCAAGCGAAAGCUGGUGGACGAAGGGAUUCUGUCGCAGGCCUUCAACUACAGCCUGGACAAAGGCACGACUCAGUACGACCUCGUUCUGGUGGGCCACUCUCUCGGUGCUGGGGCGGCCGCCAUAUUGGCCAUCCUGCUCAAACAGGACUUUCCCAACCUGCUGUGCUACGCGUACGCGCCACCAGGUGGACUCCUCAGCCUCCCCGCCGUCGAGUACAGCAAGACGUUCAUCACGUCUGUGGUGCUGGGCAAAGACGUCGUGCCCAGAAUAGGACUGCACCAGAUGGAAGCGCUGCGCACAGAUCUCAUCAAUGCUAUUAAGAGGAGCGUCGACCCCAAGUGGAAAAUAAUACUCGGUGGCGUCCUGUGUUGCUGUCCGGACGAGGUAGACUUUGACGGCAGUGAAGGUCCGACGUUAGCGAAUCGUGACGUCACCAGUCAUCCCAGUGACGCCACCAUCGCCCUCACUGCCCACCAGCCGCUCUACCCACCCGGCAGGAUCAUCCACAUCGUGCGUAACCAUCCGAAAGACCAAACGUACGAGUCCAAGUGGAGGCGCGUCAUGCGCAAGAGUGAACCCGUGUACCAGGCCCUGUGGGCGGACAACAAGGACUUCGACCAGGUGCUCAUCUCUCCGGUCAUGAUACAGGACCACAUGCCGGACAAACUCCUGGACGCCCUCGAAAAGCUCCUCGUGAACAAGGGACCCGCCAAACCUCAGCGCAAGAUGGCCAAGCCCGACCACGGAGGCGGGCCGGGGUCCGCGUCGGCCCACGACCAGGGAUCCAGGGACGCACUGCUGCUCGAGGACUCGCCCCGGAGUCGGUCCUCGGUGCCGCACUGCGUGGUGCUCGAGACCUCGUUCACCGACCUUCUCCCGCCUUCGGAGAUGGAACGCCAGCACUGGGACCACGUGACCACCACCGACUUGGCCUACCAGGUCCGGGCGUUGCGCAUGGUUCCCUGCUCGUUCGACGCCUCGCCGGAGAGGAACGUCGAGUCCCCCGAAACGGCCUCGUCGCCUACCGACCCGCCGACGACUGCGAGCGAUGGGCUGAAGCCGCACUGGAUGAACUGGGCGCCGCUGGCCUCCCCCGAGACAUUCUCUGAGAUCUCCAGCAUCUCAUCCAAAGGGAGCCAACGUGGGAACGAUGGUGCCGCGCUGACAACCGGGUCCUGGUCCCCAAUCGCUUCCAAGGCAGCGGACGACAGCACGAUGGCAGCGGAUACACUUCACGGGGACGAGCCGCCGGAAGUGGACGGGAGCGCCCCGCAGCGGCUGGUGACGAAAGCUACGGUCGAAGCCUGGCCUACCUGGUUCUCCUGACGUCCGCCUGGCACCUCCCGUAGCAACGAGUCCCACAAACAGCACCGCCAGUCUGCACCUAGAUUUCGAGACUUUCAAGAAACCCACGGCGCAGGACAGUCUCCAGCGUCAGUCGGACGUCGAUGGCGCGCUGCAGAAGCGACCGCCAUCAUCUGGUCUAUACAUGUCCGAGGGCGACGUGGUCGGCGGUGGUCACCAGGAACGCUUCUUCCCGCCGCGGGAACCGGUCAAGCACGUCACGUUCGACCUCUUCGCCGCCAGCGAGGGCUCUCCACAGAAAGGUUCCUGGACGGGCCAUGCCGACAUCCGCGAAGCCGGCGGAGCGGCGUUCCUCGUCAGGGACAAGCGUAGAGCGGACGACGAGGAUUCCGGGGACAGCAUGUACAACUCCGGCGAGUCGUUCCCUCCUCCGGCGUGCCUCGAAGAGAGGAGGUUUCAGCGUCCCGAAGCGGAGCCCUGCGCGGAAGACGAGUCCGCCGAACUUUUCGACGCGUACGGCUUCAACCCUUCCUGUUGCCACAGGGGCUCGCCGCCCCCGCCGCCUCAUUCGACGGCGCUGGUGAUGACCACUAGUGACUCGGAAGAAGAGGACGAGAUGAGCAGUGACUCGGGUGGUGAGGCGACCCUGUUCAACGCCUCAAAGUUGGUGGUCACGUCCAGCCCCGCAAGGACGAAGUGCUUGACGAUACCGCAGGCGACCAGGCAUGGUACCCGACCACCGCCGAUGGAGAGCAGUUUAUAGUGCAUGUUGGCGGUUCCACAUUUUGCGGCGUAUUUAUUGCGGUAGAGUUUGCGCGUACGUUGUUCAUAUUGUCCACAUGUGUUGAAGGCAGCGAUAGAAGGUCGAGGAAACAGUAAGGUACGUCGAAAAGGGUGCUAGUUUACGUCGAGUUGUGUGCGUGUGUGGUCUAGGACUUAAACAGCUGAGCUUCCUUUUGUUCAAAGUGUGUAUCUGUGCCGUAGUCACGUUGGACGUGAGAUGACUAACGCGAUGUCAUGCGAA